UUUAUUUAUUUUUCUAUGUUAGUAUAUAAAGUAAGUGGCGUUAAAGCAUCUAUGGGAUCUGGCCAACAUAAGUUCAAUGAAACUACUGGAUUAGGUUAUCAUAAUCAUAUUUCUUAUAAUAAUGGAACAUAUCAUAGAGAAAGAGUGGAGCUAAAAUUGCAUGAUAACAAUACACAAAACAAGAAGCUUAAAGUCAGCGUGUACUAUGAGACACUGUGUCCAGCUAGUGUUGAAUUCUUCGCGGAUACACUUAGGACUACUAUGGAUCGUCUGAGUUCCUAUAUUGAUGUUCAUUUAGUACCGUAUGGACAUAUUGAGGAGAGCACUAUGCUCGGUCGUUCCUAUUUCAAAUGUCAACAUGGCCCGGCAGAAUGCUUCGGCAACAUGAUCCACGCCUGCGCAAUCAACGUCAUAAGCGACAAGAAGAAAGCACUCAAAUUCAAUAUAUGCCUCAUGAAGUAUGGCAGAGACAACCGUGUUUGGGACUUCCAAACAGCUCUGCACCAUUGCGGCAGAAUCCAUGCAGUCUACGUGCCUGAAGUAAUCGAAUGCUUCCAGAACAUAAGAAGUGACAACUUACUAUCGAAGUAUGGCGAAGAAACCUACAACUUCUUCAACAGAAUUACAGAGGCAAAGCAGAGAUACGUACCUUAUGUGGUAUUUGAGAACUACGGCGCGAAUACCACCGAAGAUAGAACUAGUAACUUUUUACAACAAGUUUGUAAUACAAUAGUGCCAAAGCCAAAUCCUUGCUAUCAUCGCUAGUCGCAAUAACUUUCACCAAAGACUGUACCAGGUUCUUAUAAUUAUAAAAUAGUACUAAUGGGGAGGGAAGGGGGGAGUUGAAUUAAAUAUUAGUAAAUCUCGAGACAUCCUAAAAAAAAUCCUUGAGAU